UGUGUUGUACUCUGUAUAACAAAACGAAUUAGAAGAGUCACUUACCUUUGGCAGAGGGAAAGUUGCAUCUGCCUAAGAGUUGGGCAGAGAUUGCCAGCCAUUUGUUCAUAUUAUAGUUGAAGAAUCUGAAUACUGAGAGAGAUACAGAGAUUUCACAAAGCAUUUUCUGUAAUUUUGUUACCAGUGCUACCCUCCAGGUUUCUCAUAAGAAUAUUUUAUUAUUUGAAAUUGUCAUACAAUGGCAUCGCACAACUCAAGUGACAACCAGUCCACUCCAUUUAUGACACUGUAUGUCCGUGCUGGACGCGAUGGUCGAUCUUUGGGAGCGUGCCCAGAUAGUCAGCGUUCCAUCUUCUUGGCCGAACUUAAAUCUCUUUCUGGUGACACCAAGCCACCUCUCAAGUACCGCAUCAUUCCCGUAUGUCCUUCUCGACCUCCUCCGGAGUUCACAUGCCUCGGCGAAGGUGGAGCAAGACUUCGCCUUCCUGCUGCAAAGUUGGAUGCCGGGCCAUGGGGUCCGGAGUCAGUUGUUGACAGCGCAGAUGACAUUACGGCUCUUCUCGAGAAAUACUUCCCAGGUGGUGUUGCAAAAGCUGCUACACCUGAGCUGGAGGCUGCUGCGGAGCUAGCGACCAGGGACAUGUUCUCCCGCUUCUGCUACUUGGUUCGCGGCGUGGUGCGCGACACGUCACAGCUGGAGGCGGAGCUGCGUAAGGCGGACGCGCACCUCCUGGGGCUGCGGGGGCCAUUCCUAACGGGCGCCGCGCCCACCUUGCUGGACGUCGAGGUGCUGCCCAAGCUGCAUCAGGCGCGCGUCGCCGCCCACACCAUCAGGGGUUACGAAAUCUCGGCUGAGCUGACCGGACUGUGGCGCUGGCUGCACGCGGCGUACUCGCUCCCGGCUUUCGUCGCGUCGUGCCCGUGUGAUGCGGAAAUCACGCUGCACUGGCUGGACGCGCUGGGCGAGUCCACGGCGAGCCCGGAGCGGCGCCGCCAGAUGCGGGCCCUGUACGAGGGCGGCCCGCGCUUUUCGCUCACCGUUCCCGUCCGCGCCACACCCAUCGUCAUAGAGUAGAGGGCGACAGUUCUCCGUUCUCAUCUGCCGUUACUGUGACAGUUAUUAAAGAAUUUACUGUGUGCCUGAGAGAAAAUAGUCAGACAUGGGUAAAAAAAAAGAAAGAUUAGGUACUAAGUGCAUCUGUCACAGAAGGCUUCUCAGUUUUUAAAAACCUAAGUUAAAAAAUAUUUAAUUGGGCACUACGUUACUUUCUGUAUAAACAAUCACUUCCUCCGAGGGUAGAUCUGAGGUGUGUAUACCUUUCGUGUCCCAAAAAUCUGUCAGACCGUCUUUGACUAUGUUUUUUAUGAUUUCAUCAUGAGUUUGAAUUUUAAAUGUUGUGACUAAGAUUGUGAUAUUAUUUUCAUUCUUUUUGCUUACAAACAUUGUCAGAACAUAUCUCAUUUAAAGAAUAACACCCAUCAUUGCUGUAUUUAUUGAAAUCACAAUUUUUGCCCACAUUUGGCUGAAAAAAGCCUUGUACCACUUUCAGGUGAGUGGGAAAAUAUACACUGAAUGCAUUGAGGGAGUGGCUAUGGUGGUCUAAUUUCUGCCCGUAGAAGCCCCAGGUUCAGUCCGACAUAGGGAGGAGAAAUUUUCCUCGUCCCACUCCAGUACGGCCUCAGGUCUACUUAACAGACUAUCAGACGAGUGCUCGCUGGUCUUUCCUGGGGAUGAAAGGACGUGGGCUGCCACCCUCCGUCGUAGUGCCACGGAGGUAGGCUUUACUCUACCUACAAUCGGGCUAAUAGCCUCAUUCUCAGCUUGCGCCGUAGUCUUUUUUGUACGUCGAGAGAACAAAAAAAUAUACUUUGCACACUUGAAAAUGGCUCAAAGCCAAAAUCAUUCAGUUAUAGUAAAUUGACCUACUCUUAGCCAUAAAUGUAAUUGAGGUGCAUGAUGAAAAUUCCUUCCCCCUUUUUGUUUUAUUCUGUGGGACUCAAAAUGCAAAAACUAAUGAGAAGCCAGUAUUUAAAACUCGUACUGUGUGGAAGCAGGUUUGGCACUGUUAGUGGAUAAUCUGUGCCUACUCAGGCAUUUCAUGUUUAAUACAAAUUGGGCAAUGCCCCUGAUCAUUGCACAUUCAGUGACGACUGCCACAUUUUUACCAACUGGUCACCAUCGUGCAGUGUGAGAUUGGUGGAAGCACAGUGUCUUAAGAAACUACUUAAUUGUAUGUAACAGUACGACAGUUGGCAACCACACCUAGCCUGGUAUUCAGCUCUUACAUUGCCCAGGUUCAUACAUUAUGGUGUCAGCUGUCUAAGGACAUUUGAUUAUGCUGUUUUCUUUUACUCCCUUGCCUGUUAAUGUGCCUUUUAUAGUGUUGUCCUUUUUAGUUGCUGUUUUAACAUUGUGCCUCGCAGUGCAUUCAUAAUUUAGUCUGGGCGGUAAUGACCACUGUAGUUCUGCACGCUAAAACCACAAAAAGAAAAAAAAGUCACAAGCACCCUUAUCUGUGCUGUGGUAGUUGUUCGAUCUGCCACUGCUGCUUUUACAAUACAGUGAUCCCCAUGGACAUCUGUGGUGUGUGGGCGUC